AAUGUGCAGUUAAAUAUAUGCACAGGAACUAUUAGCUGCGUUGUCCGUAGAACAUGUGGUGUGUUUGCAUUAUCCUCACAGUUCUUUAACAAUACAUAGUCUGGUUAAAAUGUUUCUCAUCAAAUGGCCAGCUCAGCACUAACAGAGGAAGGGAGAAAGACUGGGGGGAGGGACAUAAUGCCAAAAGAGAGACAUAGGGAGGGAUGAGUGAGUCUGCCAACAGAGGUAUGACAAAUAAUAGGUAGAGGCUGGGAGAGGAAGGAGGGAGGGUUCUCUGGUACUGUGUCCUAACAUCACAUAGACUUUCAGGUCUCUUGACGACUGAGCAUUGGAGGGAGUCCUUGGCCAGUGAGACUAGAAUGGAGUCGUGCUGACAGAUUAGAAUUUUCCACAAUGUUUUCUCAGUACCUGAGAGGGGGGCCCACUAUUUAUACUACACAGCAAACAAUUACAAAAGCUAAAUGACUGGGAAAAUUACUGAAGGGAAAGACAGCAGCAGAAGAAAGGAGAUCCAAAAUUGCAUGUUCUCUGUUUGCACAUAUAAUUAUUAUUUGCACAGCAACCCAUGUGUGCCUUGAAGGGAAGACCACUCAUCAGUUUCACAUAAACUGCAGAGACACUGAUCAAAAGGAAAAGUGUGAGCAUAUACAAGCCUUGGAAAGAAAACCAGACUAUUGCAAAAAAGGAGACCUUGGAGAAGGCAAGCUUGGACCUCAGAAAAGGCUGAUAGAACUAAAAGGGAUACAAGAAAGUGGAAUAAAGGAAUGGGAGGAUGAGACAGACCUUUCCAAUUCAAUGGAAAGGGAUACGGCCAACGCUGACAACGGAAACAACAAUGUCAGCAGAAGAGAAAGAAAGGAGUGUUAACUUGACCUCCUCUAUCUACCCCUCACUCUAUCCAUCUUGCAGCAUUGAUGAAUCCUAUAAAUACAUCUUCCUCCCUCUAUGCUACUCCUUCACCUGUGUCUUCAGCAUCUCCCUAAACUCUGUAGUCCUGUACCGCUCCUUCCACCGCACCAAACGCUGGAAUGCCUCCCUCAUUUACAUGGUCAACCUAGCCUCCACUGACUUCAUGUAUGGCCUCUCACUGCCUUUCCUGGUGGCAAGUUACAUCAUGCGAGACCGCUGGGUGUUUGGGGACUUUAUGUGCCGCCUGGUCCGCUUCCUCUUCUACUUCAACCUAUACUGCAGUAUAUUUUUCCUCACCUGCAUUUCUGUGCACCGCUACUUGGGGAUCUGCCACCCUAUGAAGACUAUUACUAUGGAGACCAAACGGGUGGUCAAGGGGACCUGUGUUUUGGUAUGGGCUGUUGUGUUCGCCUUGACGAGUCCAAUAUUCCGUUUUGCCCAGACAGGUGAUCUCACAAGGGAAACGGAAGGGAGUGCUGGGGGCAAUGGAGUUAGUAACAGAGUUAACACAGGAGUAGUGGAAGCCUUCCAGAACUGCUGGGAUGAUGCCAUUGACAAGGAGUUUUCAGACUAUGUUCCUUAUGGGAUAGUGCUCCACCUGUUAGGUUUUUUUGUGCCAUUCACUAUCAUUGCCUGGUGCUAUUCCCAUGUGGUCUUGACAAUCUUCCGAACCUUGCGUACACAACCUCCACUUGAGGCAGGUGGACGAGGAACAAGUUGGGGCCGUGGAGGAGGAAGGGAGGGAAUGUCUGUUGUUUUGGGACCCCAUUCGCCCUAUGUCCACAGACGUCGGAAGUUCAUCAAAACCAUCAUUACUAUUACUCUAUUGUUUGCACUCUGUUUCUUCCCCUUCCAUGUAACUCGAACCAUUUUUCUGAUACUGAAAGUGACUAAGGGAGUGAAGUGUCACACCAUGCGAAUGGUCUCCAUCUGUUACAAAAUCACAAGACCACUGGCAUCAUUCAAUGCAUGGCUAAAUGCUUUACUGUAUUUUCUCACUAAGGACAAGGGGGGACCCUGUUGCCCUCCACCUGACCCUUCCCAUCAUGGCCUCCUCUGGCCACUUCGGAUGCUGGGAAGAGCAGGAGAUGAAGAGGAUGGUGUUGGAGAAGCAGCAAACAAUAAGGAAAAUGAGUCCAAAUCAUCAGGAAAUAAUAUCUUUUGAGUUAUGCUCAAGAGGGCAUGUAGGGUGGAACUUGUGAUCCUCAUAUGAAUGGGGAGUAUGUUAAAUGAAGAGGAUUCUUAAGACCUCACAGCUUAGUUGUCUACUCAGGAACUCAUUUGAAGAACUAUGAAACAAAAGUCAUGUUUUACUUAAGUGUAUUAUGUGUUAAACCAACAGUUGUUCCCAGUCUUUGGUACCAGAUGAGUUUUAUUAAAAGUAAAAAUUUUAAAAAAGAAACUGAUGUAUUUUGGCCUCCAUGACCAGGGUUCAGAAUCUCUGAAACAAUGGUAUAAUUCCAAAAUCAUCUGUAAAAAUCAAAUGUAUAAAACUUGAGCACUGCUAUACUUCAGGCCACGUAAAUGCAUAACCUUCAGAAAUUAUUGUGACAUUUUCCAAAGACUGUAAACUGUUGUACAAGUAAUAGUACCUAUAUUUAAGUUCAGCUUUUUGAACCAUGUUGAAAUGUGUAGUGUAAUGUAUUUCUUGUACACCGUUUACUUGCUAUGAUGAAAUGGAUUUUAAUUACAUAGGCUACAUUAAACCUGUUGAUUGAUCUUA